AUGGUGGUACAUGCAUCACAUGCCAAGCAUAAUGGUAUUGGUGGAGCCGUGUCGUUGUUGACGCCGAUUGCCGGACAUUCGCCGCUGGCUCUCGGGCCGCAGCCGUGCAUGCACUCGGUGCACGCGUGCCACGUGAGCAAGUGCUGUCAGCCCACGCAGCCGCACUCACCCCUGCUGAAGCCCCUACGCAUCGAGUCAGAGCACAACCAGACGCAGGACACUCCUCCGCUUGGAGACCCGUACAGCAGGCCGCAGGAGAAUUCCAUCACGAAGGAACCGCCGACCGAGCCGAGCGGUGGCGGCAAGAAGCACCAGUGGACGGAUGACCUCGGGUCACGGCCGCGGCCCACGGGCACCAUGAUGAGCAAGGAGAGCGUCAGUCCGACGGGACGCUUCAUCAACCCGUCUAAGGUGCUGCAGCCGCCGGAGAUAUCGCCGCCUCACUCUGGCAUCGGCUACAACCCCGAGAUGUCUGCAGGUGAAGGUGGUGUCAUCAUCACACACCAUCAGCCCAGCAACAAGCUGCAGGACAACCUGCCAUUUGAACCAAGGCCUCAGAAGAUAGAGGGCGCCGGUGCGACCGCCCUGCAGAUGUCGAGCAACGAUGAGCCGCAGUCCCUGCCAGGUGGCGCCACUCAGGGCGCGCAGCUUCCGACCGGGCCGCAGAUGCCUACAGCACAGCCUCAGGAGGCAGAGGAGCCCGUCGUCGUCGGGACAACGAGUGCCUCGUGGAAGAAGUACAGACGGAAGAAGUACAAGAAGUUUGUGGAGCUGCGCAAGAAGAGAAGUGCAGAAUCCAACAUGGCGUCCGCAGCGGUGACUAUCGAGAUCUUGGACUACUUCAUCGUUGACGGCUCAUACUGUCUGAACAACGAGUGCGGCCCCUACGGAAACUACAGCUACUACAUCCCGAUCAGUGGCUUCAUGCCCCCCAUCGAUAUCUUCCUCAGCAUCAACGUCACGACAGGAUUCGACGUCCUGCUCUGCACUGAGCUCUCGAUGACAGAGGGCGCCAGCUGCGCGGAUACGGGCGUGCACGCGAGCAUGCAGACGAACGCCAUCUUGAACUCGGGCGCCGACGUGACGCAGCACAAGUGGCUGGUGGCGGCGCCACAGUACACGCGCAGCGUCUACACGUUCCGCGUCGCCGCCAGGAACACACCGGCCGCCCAGCUGUGCUCGGAUGCCUUCAGGAGCGAGGUCGGCUCUGCCUUCCUGCAGUACAACCUGCACUUCUACCGGGUCUGUUCGGACAUCGAUGCUCUGUCGUCGACGACGCCAUCAAGCACGUGGCCCUAGUGGGGCGCAGACUCAUGGCGCGGGGUCACCAGCGGACACAGCGCGGAGUUCUGAGUCGCGAGAAAACUGUUUGCUGUGGAGGUCGCGACUCUUCUGUCGAGUCACGUUGUCCGCGGCGACGAGGCGUGCGGCGGUGCGGCCGUGGUUGCGGAUAUCAGCUCCCGCCCCUGAUCGCGGGCGUGUCGGAGCCCAGCGAGUAGUUUAGCGCGUAGGAGCGUCGACCGUGACGAAGAUGCGACCUGCAUAGAAUGGUCGCCCUCGCCCGAUCUCAUUAGCUGGGUCCAAACGCAGCGCUGCGGGAAAAACGUCGGAUCGCCGUUCCGUCCCCCCCGGAUUGUUAACGCGGUUCGAGAAAAACAAGCGCGCGUCUUUAUUUUCGAGUCCGUCAUCGUGCGCUGGGCGGCGAGGGAAGGAAGCUGGUGUUAGCGUUGGUGGCUGCAGCUAUAGAUGGCGCUCGUGCAGGUGGCGUGAUGACGCGGUCGCAGGGAGCGUUCGUUUGUGGAUGGAAUCGGAGGUGUAGCGCCGCAGUUAUUGUUUCGUUUCUAUCGCUUGUAUAUCUAGUGAAUAUUUUAUAUGUAUAUUUUGCUCUAUUUAAAGCGCUUAGGUUUUAAUUUUUAUACUACGAUCAUUGUAAUUCGACUGCGCGGUGCCGGUAUCGCGAGCCGUUGCCGUGGCGACGCGCUCGGGGGAAAACAAGUGGGGAAUGUACAGAGAUGUUGACGAGGAGUGGUUUUAGUGUUCCUGCACAAAAAGAUGAAACCUGAACUGAUCAUGCUAACUGAUGAUAUAUAUUAUAUAUAUAUAGAUAUAUAGAUAUAUAUAUAUAUAUAUAUAAAUAGAUAUAAUGAGUGUUGUGUGUUUGCCAAUAUGCCAUCUGUGUGGUUUGAUACUUGAUUCGGGUUGCGUGAACGCAUGCGCGGGCUGGCACGUGAGUGAGGCAGUAGGGUGUGUGCAGCCAGCAGCGUGUGCUUCCAGCUUCUGCUACAAGUUCCUCUAGUUGGGGAAAGCACUUGCUCUAUUUGCAGGCUCAGAGAUGAUCAGCCUAUUGGUAUGUAUAUAUUGUAUUUGAUAUUAGGAAGGUUAGUUACUAGACGGACUCCUGCUGGCUCAUAUGCAAAAGGAGAUUUUGCUUUGAUUCGUACUUAUUGCCGUGCGUCUGAUAAGCUAUCGAUUAGAGGGGGGGGGACUUUUAGUUACGUGAUUGAAUAUAUAUAUAUAUAGAUAUAUACAGAUAUAUAUUAUACGAGAUGUGUUGUAUAUAGCAAUUAAGCAGUGAUAUAUAAGAUUUAUAUUUUGUUUUCGCGUGUAUUAUGAUAGUGAUGAGUUUAUGGGAGAUUCUAUUACUGGGAGGGGAAGAAGCGGCGGCAUGAAGAGAAUGAUCUUAUAGACAAGUGUUUGAAGUGACAGCCGCAAGAGGGCACUACAUUCCAGAGGUGCGUCGGAAUUGUGGCGCCACCUGGUGGCACGUCGAUGUUGUGGCGCCAUCCAGUGGCAGUCCGUCGCCGAGAUCAUUCCUGCGAGAACAUGGAGGAGAGAAAGGAAUUCGUCUGCGUUAUGAUACUGAUCUCUGUGUCGGUGUGUGAUCGUUAUGCAGGGAAACGUCUCCUAGUGAGAGGGGUGAGGGGUGGGAUGGCUACUUUUGUGGUCAAACGUCCACUGAGUUGGCAAUAUGGUCGACGCUACCGCAGGUUGAGUUGCAUCGUCAGCGCCUCCUGGGUAAGCAGUCGUGAAUGAGGGAUCUUAGAUGAAUUAUGGUAGAACGAUGAAUUAUGAGUGGUUAACGCUGAUGCCGAUGUUUAUGAUGAUGAUGAUGAUGAUAUUGGUGAUGCUGAUGUUGAUGCUGAUGUUGUUGAUGAUGAUGAUGAUGGUGUUCAUUAUAAGAGUAGUUUUAUUCCUCUCGUUACAUUAUUAAGGGGUUAGUCUAUCGCAUGAAAAAAUUAUGAAAUCGUACUAUGCCUAGAAUAUACGUACAUGCAUGUGUAUUAUUAUUAUAUAUGUGUAUAUAUGCUCGUAUUAUAUACACAUAUAUACCUAUGUAAUACGCAAUAAUGAUGUUAAUAGUAUGUUUAAAGAAUGUAUGAGUUACUCCUGCCCCCGUACUUGGAACCCGUGUAUUGAUUUUUCUGCCGAAUUCAUUGCACGUCGUGCUAAUGAUGGAUGACUAAUAUUAUUGCAUACUAAAUAAACUUAUCCGAACCACA